CCUAGGCUCCAGUCGCAGGUCUAUGCUGUGGUGCCUUGUGCAUCGGUCUGUGAUUAUUAUUUAGUAGUUUCCAACCUCCAAUCGAGGAGCGACCAUGCCGAACGGCGAGAAGCCCACAGUUGGUGUCGUUGACGUUGCCGAUAACAACAGCAACAUCAUGGACGAGCCGACGAAAUUGGACGCGACGCAGGAGGCAAACGCAGUUGGGUACCGGGAAUACAUCGAAGCGCUGGACCUGGAUAUAUCAGACAAGGAAAUGAGGAGACUCCGAUGGAAGCUGGAUCUCACCAUCCUGCCCAUGUUCCUUAUCACGCAGGCCCUGCAGUUCAUGGACAAGACGUCCCUCAACUACGCCAAUCUAUUCGGGUACCAGGCGGCGCUGAAGCUCAAAGGCCAGCAGUUCAACUACCUCUCCGCUAUGCUGUACGCCGGGUACUUUUUCGGACAGUACCCCUGCGGCUGGCUCAUCGGGAGGUUCCCCGCGCAGAGGGUGCUGGCCAUUAGCAUAUUCCUGUGGGGACUCAUGGUGAUUAUCAUGACGCAGUGCCGCAGCUACUCUACCGCACUUCUUGCUCGAUUCAUCAUGGGCAUCUUCGAGGCCGCCGUCACGCCUGGGUUGACCCUGAUGACUGGGUUUUGGUACACCAGGCGCGAGAUUCCGCUCCGGCAAUGUAUUUGGUUCUCUGCUCUUGGCUGGGGCGGCAUUAUUGGCUCCUACAUUUCCAUGGGCUUGUCCAAGCUGCCAGAGGCUAUGGUGCCUUCUCGCUGGGAGCUCAUCUUCUACAUUCUCGGCGGCGCGACCUGCGUCUGGGCCGUAGCCAUCUGGCUCGUGCUUCCCGACUCGCCCUCCUCGGCGUCUUGGCUCACCCGACGCGAGCGGCUCGUGGCCGUCAAGCGCGUGGCUAGCAACGAGACGGGCAUCAAGAACAAGGCGUUUGACAGGGGGCAGGUCAAGCUGGGGUUCCUGGACCCGAAGACGGUGCUGCUCUUCAUCAGCGUCUUUGCCGCAGCGAUCCCCAAUGGCGUCCUCAACUCGUUCUCGACAAUCAUCAUCCGGGACAUGGGGUUCAGCACGACCAUGACGACGCAGCUCAAGUCCGUGGGCGAUGCGGUGCAGGUGGUUGCACUCCUCAUCGGGGGCACUAUCAUCCUCAACGUGCCCAACUCGCGUCUCGUCGUGGCCACGGCAGCCAACCUCCUGUGCACCAUCGCGGCAGCGUGCAUGGCAUAUCUCCCGCGGUCCAACACGUGGGGCCGGCUGGUGAGCUUCUGGCUCGUCAACGCGCAGUCGGUCGGGUUUACCGUGUCGCUGACGACCAUUUCGUCCAACAUGGCCGGCUACACGCACCGCUCGUUGGCGAGCGCACUAGUCUUCACGGCAUACUGCUGGGGUAACUUUGCGGGCCCCUUUGUCGUCAAGCCGGAGCAGGCUCCUCACUUUACAGGAGCAACCAUCGGCCUGUUGGUGGGCUAUGCGAUCAAGCUGGGCUGCCACCUCGCACUACUAGUCUACCUGUUCACGUCGAACCGCCGGCGAGACCGGGUGUACGGCCCCGCGGACAAGGAGGCGAGCGGCGAAGCGGGGAUGCGGGACCUGACGGAGUUUGAGAACAAGAACUUUCGGUACGUGUACUGAAGAGGUGGGAGGUGUGUCGCCGGGCUGGAUGUUGGAGCGCCGUCCAAUACCCACGUCUUGUUCAAACAGUUUCCUUCUCGCAGGGCGGUUUCAAGUUUGGUAUGCUUCGUAGUCUAAAGAUGUUAAUGGCACAGCGCUGUAAAGUCGAC